AUGGAACUCACAAAUCCAAGAGCCCUCCUCUACACUGGACGUGAGAGUCACCCGCAAAAUGACCACAUCAUCGUCAGUAAAAGAUUUCGCCUGAAGGAUGUCUCUGUUGUGCCGAAGUUCUAUACGGGAUCGGACGAUCGCCUCCUCCAAGGAAGAUACUCCUUCACACGGAGAGAAAAGAAAGCAGCGAAGUCCAGAGAAAGUCCCAGAACUACCGUUGAAUAG